AUGUCGAUAGCAUCACAAAUGGACCUGCCUGAAGAGAUUCAGCAUCCUUAUACAAAAUUUUCUGAAUGGAAAUUCAAGCUGUUUAAAGUGAGACCAUUUGAAAAAACAUCUUCUAAUAACAGCCAGUGCAUAAACAAGGAUCAAGCAGAAGAGGUAGCUUCUACAGACAAAGGCAUCAUGCUGCAUAAAGAUGAAGGAGUUCCAAGAGGAGAAAACUUAAUUCUGACACAGACGGACUUAAUGGGCAAUAGGCAGGCACUUGGGAAAGAUGCCAAUGACAUGAAAAUACAAGACAACACAGAUCAUCAGAACAACCUGAAGCAACUUUGCCGCAUCUGUGGAGUUUCAUUUAAAACUGAUUGUAACAAGAGAAGUCAUCCAGUACAUGGGCCAGUGGACAAUGAAACUCUGUGUCUUCUGAGAAAGAAAGAGAAAAAAGCAACCUCUUGGCCAGAUCUUAUUGCUAAGGUUUUUAAGAUUGAUGUGAGAGGGGAUGUUGACACUAUCCAUCCCACUCGAUUUUGUCACAACUGCUGGAGUAUUAUCCACAGGAAAUUCAGUAACUCUCCAUGUGAAGUAUAUUUUCCUAGGAACAGCACGAUGGAGUGGCAACCCCACUCUGCAAACUGUGAUGUGUGCCAUGGUACCAGUCGGGGAGUCAAAAGAAAAAGCCAGCCAGCCACCGUACAACAUGGCAAACGUGUGAAGACCAUUGCAGAACGUGCUCGAGUUAACAGAGGCAUAAAGAACCAAGCACAGAUAAAGAACAAAAAUGUAAUGAAAGAGAUCACCAAUUGCAAGAAUACACAUCUCAGUACCAAGCUGCUUGCAGUUGAUUACCCAGUAGAUUUCAUUAAAUCCAUUUCUUGCCAGAUUUGUGAACAUAUUUUGGCAGAUCCAGUGGAAACAACAUGUAGACACUUGUUUUGCAGAACUUGCAUCCUUAAAUGCAUCAAAGUUAUGGGCAGCUAUUGCCCCUCCUGCUGGUAUCCUUGCUUCCCUACUGAUCUGGUUACCCCAGUGAGAUCGUUCCUGAACAUCCUUGAUAGCCUGAGUAUAAGAUGCCCUGUAAAGGAAUGUGAUGAAGAGAUCUUGCAUGGAAAAUAUGGCCAGCACCUCUCCAGCCACAAGGAGAUGAAAGAUAGAGAGCUCUAUAGCCACAUAAAUAAAGGUGGCCGACCGAGGCAGCAUCUUCUGUCUUUGACCAGGAGAGCUCAGAAACAUCGUCUGAGAGAACUGAAACGUCAAGUCAAGGCUUUUGCUGAGAAAGAAGAGGGUGGUGAUAUAAAGGCUGUAUGCAUGACUUUGUUCCUGCUAGCUUUAAGAGCAAAAAAUGAACACAAACAAGCAGACGAAUUGGAGGCUAUAAUGCAAGGGAGGGGAUCUGGACUUCACCCUGCUGUCUGCCUGGCGAUCCGAGUCAACACGUUUCUCAGCUGUAGCCAAUAUCACAAAAUGUAUAGAACUGUAAAAGCUGUCAGUGGGAGGCAGAUUUUCCAGCCACUGCAUGCUCUUCGCACUGCUGAGAAAGCUCUCUUACCAGGUUAUCAUCCAUUCGAGUGGAAACCUCCCUUGAAAAGUGUCUCCACUAACACAGAAGUGGGAAUUAUAGAUGGACUAUCAGGAUUGCCACUCUCAAUUGAUGACUACCCGGUAGACACAAUUGCGAAGAGAUUUCGAUAUGAUACAGCCUUGGUUUCUGCCUUAAAGGACAUGGAAGAAGAGAUCUUGGAGGGCAUGAAAGCAAAAAACCUGGAUGACUACUUGAAUGGUCCCUUCACUGUGGUAGUAAAAGAGUCCUGUGAUGGAAUGGGAGAUGUCAGUGAGAAGCACGGAAAUGGGCCUGCUGUCCCAGAGAAGGCCGUUCGCUUUUCUUUUACAGUUAUGAACAUUUCUAUAGCCCAUGGGAACGAAAGGAUAAGGAUCUUUGAAGAAGUAAAGCCCAAUUCAGAGUUAUGUUGCAAGCCCUUGUGCCUUAUGCUGGCCGACGAAUCGGAUCAUGAAACUCUGACGGCGAUCCUGAGCCCUCUCAUAGCAGAAAGAGAGGCUAUGAAGAACAGCGAACUGCUACUUGAAAUGGGAGGCAUCCUGAGAACAUUCAAAUUCAUCUUUCGGGGUACAGGAUAUGAUGAGAAACUUGUACGGGAAGUGGAAGGGCUGGAGGCCUCAGGUUCCACUUACAUCUGUACCCUCUGUGACGCGACCCGCCUGGAGGCAUCCCAGAAUUUGGUCUUCCACUCCAUCACCAGGAGCCACGCUGAAAAUCUGGAGAGAUAUGAAAUAUGGAGGUCCAACCCUUAUCAUGAAUCUGUUGAUGAGCUCCGUGACAGAGUGAAGGGUGUUUCAGCCAAACCUUUUAUUGAGACUGUUCCCUCCAUAGAUGCGUUGCACUGUGACAUUGGCAAUGCAACGGAGUUCUACAGGAUUUUCCAGAUGGAGAUCGGUGAAGUCUACAAGAAUCCUGAUGCAUCUAAAGAGGAGAGGAAGAGAUGGCAGUUUACUCUUGACAAACACCUCAGGAAGAAGAUGAACUUAAAACCUAUGAUGAGGAUGAGUGGAAACUUCGCGAGAAAGCUCAUGUCCAAAGAGACGGUAGAGGCAGUAUGUGAAUUAAUAAAGUGUGAGGAAAGGCAUGAAGCCCUGAAAGAACUAAUGGACCUUUAUCUGAAAAUGAAACCAGUGUGGCGAUCUUCAUGUCCUGCCAAGGAGUGCCCAGAAUUGCUGUGCCAGUACAGCUACAAUUCACAGCGUUUUGCUGAGCUCCUAUCUACAAAGUUCAAGUACCGAUAUGAAGGCAAGAUUACAAAUUAUUUCCACAAAACCCUUGCUCAUGUUCCUGAAAUCAUUGAAAGAGAUGGGUCCAUUGGUGCCUGGGCAAGUGAAGGAAACGAGUCUGGAAACAAACUGUUUAGGAGGUUCCGAAAAAUGAAUGCCAGGCAGUCCAAAUUCUAUGAAAUGGAGGAUGUCUUGAAGCAUCACUGGCUAUAUACAUCUAAGUACCUCCAGAAGUUCAUGAAUGCUCAUAAAACAUUAAGAAGCCAGGGCUUCACCAUUGAUCCAGAGGAUAGUUUGGGUGAUUCCUUGCCGCAGGAGGUCUCUUUGGAAAGCAAUGAUUCAGAGGAACUCUAA